AUGUCCCUAGUAUCAGGUCCAGGGAGGGCAACGGGAGCACACGCCGACCAAGAGUUAUGCGUUCAAAAACACGUGGAAUACAUCAAGAACUUGGACAGCAGGAGGGAUGAGUUGGAAUACUGGCUCACCGAGCAUCUCCGAUUGAAUGGUGUCUAUUGGGGAUUGACUGCCCUAUGUUUGCUCGGUCAUCCCGAAGCCCUGCCUCGGGAAGAUACGAUUAACUUCGUUCUAUCCUGCCAACGCGAGAAUGGCGGAUUCGCAGCUGCCCCGGGGCAUGACGCUCACAUGCUGUAUACCGUCUCCGCGGUCCAGAUUCUCGUGACACUAGAUGCAGUGGAUGAGCUGGAGAAGCGCGGUCUCGGAGGCAAAGAGAAGGUUGGCUCUUUCAUUGCAGGAUUACAGGAUAAAGACACCGGUUCCUUCAUGGGGGAUGAAUGGGGUGAACUCGAUACACGCUUUCUGUAUGGUGCAUUCAAUGCGCUUUCGCUCCUAGGGCUCCUUGACACGAUAGAUGUUCCCAAGGCAGUGUCCUACAUCCAGAAAUGCGAGAACCUGGACGGCGCCUACGGGAUCCGACCCGGAGCCGAGUCGCAUGCCGGUCAAGUGUUCACGUGCGUAGCCGCUCUGGCGAUUGCGGGGCGAUUGGACUUGGUGAACAAGGACCGUCUGGGUGGCUGGCUCAGUGAGCGGCAGUUGGAGAAUGGCGGGUUCAACGGACGACCAGAGAAGCUAGAGGAUGCUUGCUACAGCUGGUGGGUGGGAUCUAGCCUAGCGAUGAUCGACAAGCUCCAUUGGAUCGAUGGGAAGAAGCUUGCGAGCUUCAUCUUGCGCUGUCAGGAUCCGGAAGCUGGUGGGUUUAGCGACCGACCUGGUAAUAUGGUCGAUGUUUUUCACACACACUUUGCUAUCGCCGGACUGAGCCUUCUGAAUAAGUUUACCUCUCGGGAGCGCGCACAGGUUGAUGAAUGCUAA